AUGGGCUCCGUCAGACAAGAAAAUUACUUUCGGCAACUCCAAAGAUUCAAACCAGACUAUUCGCCUUCCUACUUCACCCAAUAUGAGUCCGAGAGGACGGGUAUGCGGGUGGUGGUCAUCGAUCGACAAGGCCCAAUAGUUGAAGGGUACUUUGUCCUAGCGACGGAGAUUCAUGAUGAUUCUGGUUCACCUCACACUUUAGAGCAUCUCUGCUUCAUGGGUUCCAGAAGCUAUCAAUACAAAGGAUUUCUUGACAAGCUUGCUACCAGAGCUUAUUCAAAAACAAAUGCCUGGACUGCUACGGAUCACACGGCGUACACAUUGGACACGGCAGGAUGGGAAGGUUUUGCUCAAAUCCUUCCCGUCUACCUGGAACAUAUCAUUGCCCCUACAUUGACUGAUGCUGGGUGCUAUACUGAAGUGUACCAUGUGGAUGGCACGGGUCAUGAUGCUGGAGUAGUAUAUUCAGAAAUGCAGGGUGUGCAGAAUACUUCUUCCGAAUUAAUAGAUCUGAAAGCCAAACGCCUGUUGUAUCCAGAAGAGAUAGGUUUCCGCUACGAAACAGGCGGAAUGAUGGAGCAACUCCGAGUUCUGACAGCUGACCGUAUCCGUGCGUUCCACCGGGAAAUGUACCAGCCCAAAAACUUGUGCCUCAUCAUCGCGGGAGAAGUGGACCAUGACAACAUGCUACAAGUUCUGAAUCGGUUUGAAAGCACUGUACUUGACAUCAUCCCAAGUCCUGAUUCAUUGUUCAAGAGACCGUGGGUAGAGUCACCACAAAUUCCGACGCUUGAAAAGUCUGUGAUUGAGCGGGUGGAGUUUCCGGAGACAGAUGAAUCUUUCGGCGAGGUGGAGAUUCGAUUUCUGGGUCCAGAUUGCACUGAUAUCGUUUUAAGUUCGGCGCUCAGUGUUUCUCUCAUGUAUCUUGCGGGUUCGUCUGCUACGGUCCUUGAGAAUACAUUGGUCCAAAAAGAGCAGCUAGCAAGCGCUGUCUAUUAUACCACAUCCGACUCCCCUAGGACUGAGAUUUCUUUCACCCUUACCAGCGUAGCCACCGAAAAGCUAGAGCAAGUGCAUCGUCGAUUCUUCGAGGUGUUAAAGGAGAACAUGCAAAAGGAAGUGGAUAUGGAAUAUAUGCGGGAGUGCGUGCGACGACAAAAACGGAGCUGGAAAUUUGCCACUGAAACGUCCGCCUUCCCUUUUGCCGGACGUGUAAUAACCGACUUCUUGUUCGGCAAAAAAGAUGGUUCUACUCUACUAGACAUCGCAAGUCUGAGUGAGUAUAACGAGCUGGAGAGAUGGAACGACAGCCAAUGGCGCAGUUUUAUCAGGAAAUGGAUGUCAGAAGCAUCACACGUUUCAAUCUUGGGUGUACCAUCCUCCAAGCUUGCCGCCAAAUUGAAAGCGGAUGAAGAGUCGAGAGUUGCGUGGCGGAAAAAGACACUUGGAGAGGAGGGGUUAAAGAGACUGGCCGAAAAGCUGGAACAGGCCAAAGCUGAAAACGACAAAGAGAUACCGCAGAGUGAUCUAUCUAAGUUCAAGGUUCCGGGCACAGACUCAAUUCCUUUCCUCUAUACUACAACGGCAAAAUCCGGGCUCGCACUCAGAUCGGGUCAUCCUGAUAAUCGAAUUCAAAAUUUGGUUGAUUCCGAUGCACCAAAUUCACCUCUGUUCAUCCAUUUUGAACAUAUAAACAGCAACUUUGUCCAGGUUUUCCUAACCAUCUCCACGAAGUCGGUACCGGUAGAGCUCCGUCCGCUUCUAGCCGUUUAUACAGAAGCCUAUUUCAGCAUCCCCGUUCUUCGGAAUGGAGAGGAAAUCCCUUUUGAGCAGGUCAUAGUCGAACUGGAGAGGGACACAGUUGGAUAUAACAUGGAUGUUGCAUUUGGUAACCCAGAAAUGCUCAUAAUUACUUUCCAGGCGGAGCCAGAGAAAUAUGAGGCAGUCAUAUCAUUCAUCAAUGAACUUUCAUGGGAGUCCAUAUUUGACGUCGAAAGGCUCAAGGCGAUUACUGUUCGCCUGCUAUGUGAUGUUCCGGAUGCUAAGCGGAGUGGGAAUGACAUGUUGGAUGCAAUGCAGAUAAUGGUCAAGCAUACCCCUGAAUCAAUUAUCCGUGCCAGGAGUACUCUCGUCAAAGGCCUGUACCUAAAGCGGACUAAGCAGCAGCUGGAAAAGAAUCCUGAAGUUGUCGUUGCUCGAAUGGAGGAGCUCAGGAAGCAACUAUUUCGCUUCGAGAAUUUACGCGCCUUUGUCAUCGCGGAUAUGGAAAGGCUUCGGAACCCUUCUUCGGCGUGGAAACCAUUCAUCGAUCGACUUGAUGCUUCUAAUUCGCUUAUUCCGAUAACGAAGUUGCGAGAUCGACUGACAGAGGCUGCUAAAAAUCCAGGGACUAUCUCGUAUAUCGUUCCCAUGUCAACAAUCGACUCCUCCUUCGCCAAUACUAGUGCCAAGGGACCGGAUUCUUACGAUCACCCCAGACUCCCAGCCCUUCUGGUGGCUAUGGCCUAUAUGAACGCGGUCGAAGGACCAUUGUGGGUGGCCAUCCGGGGUACUGGCCUUGCAUAUGGCUCUCGAUUCCGGUACAAUGUCGAUGCAGGACUUGUGCAUUUCAAUGUAUACCGGUCACCGAAUGCAUACAAGGCAUUUGAAGCAGGCAAGAAAAUCGUCGAGGACCAUCUGUGUGGGAAGGUGCCGUUUGACCCGCUGAUGACGCUCGAGGGCGCCAUUAGUAGCAUUGUGGUUGAUUUUGUUAAUGAACAGACGACCCCGGCGAGUGCUGCGCAGGCCAGUUUUGUUCGACAGGUUAUUCGGGAGUUGCCUAGUGACUAUCAAGAGAAGAUAUUAAAGAAGGUGAGGGAAAUUGAGAUUGGGGAGAUUAAAGAGGCUCUGAGGGAUAUUAUCUUGCCCCUUUUUACGCCGGGGAAGUCGGAUAUCGUGGUUACCUGUUCGCGGGUACUUGAAGAGCCUAUCAAAAAGGGAUUCGAGUCUGUGGGAUACAAACCGGAAGUACGAAGUCUGAAGUUCUUUGAGGAUGAUUACGGGUUGAAGCUCGACGAAGGAGAAAAGGAUGGGAAUGGGAAGGGGGAGGGGAAGGACGAGGAGGAGGAAUCCGGAAGUGAAAAUGACAGUGAGGAUGAAGAUGGAGAUGGCGAUGAUGAAAUGAAUUGA